GGCAGAGUGUUGGUCUUUCAAUUUUGCACAUGAAGAAGGCGGCAACGAAGCGGUUGGUGUAUGUGGUCGCAGGAGAAGCCUCCGGCGACGCAAUUGGCGGUAAACUCAUUCGCGCAUUGAAUCGACGUCAUGCAGAUGGUCCGUUUCAGUUCCGUGGUGUCGGUGGACCACAGAUGAUGGCGGCGGGUGGGUUCUCGUCGCUGUUUCCCAUACAAGAGUUAUCUGUGAUGGGCCUUGUCGAGGUCUUGCCCAAGCUAUUUGCGAUCAAGGUAGCCCUCAAGGGAUUAAAGUCUGUUGCAUGUGAUCGAGGCGGCUGUGUGUAGCGCCACCACGACCACGUUGUUGAGGACAUUCGACAGAGCCAGCCUGACGCCGUCGUGACCAUUGACUCGAAGGGAUUCUGCUUUCGCGUGCUCAAGUCGUUGCAAGGUAUUACUAAUCGCAUGGAUCACCGCCCGCCAGCCAUCGUGCACUACGUGGCUCCGUCCAUCUGGGCCUUCAAGCACAAACAUCGCAACGCUGCGUCCACCGCGCAGUCGCUUGGCCUGUUCAUCGACCACAUGCUCGUGCUGCUGCCGUUCGAAGCGCGCCUGUUCAACCACCACCGCACGUGGACGACGUUUGUGGGGCAUCCGUCCGUGGAGACGUUCAUGGACGCGCACGACCUCUUCCGUCGCCACGAUCUCCUGUCAUCUGUCGUGCCUCCUUCCAUCACGACCGAGUUGGAGUCGCUGUCCAUGACGAGCGAGUGGCUGCAACCAGUAGCCCCCGCCCUAUGGCCCAUGCAAACUGCCAUCGUUCAUGCCCGUCGCCAUCAUCCAAGGCAACGUCGGACAGACGAGUUUGCCAUUGCCGCGUUGGUCGGAAGUCGAGAGGACGAAGUGAAGCAGACGAUCGGCCUUGUCAAGCGCGCCGUCGAAUCAUUUGCGAGUCAGCACAACACUCGAGUCCGCGUUGUGUUUCCAACGAUCCCAUCCGUCGCGCAUGUCCUCCGCAAACAUCUAGACUCGUGGGCCAUCCCCCAUGCCAUCCACGUCCAAGCCAACACGGCGGCGCUGCUGCAGGCGAGUGACGUGGCAGUGGCCGUGUCUGGCACAGUUGUGAUCGAAAGUCUCUUGGCCGGCACACCCACAGUCGUCAUGUAUCGGGCCAACUGGCUCACCGAGGUGAUCGCCGCCGCCGUCGCGCGGGUCCGGUUCGUCUCGCUGCCCAACAUCCUAUUCGAUCGGGAACUUGUCCCCGAGCUCGUGUUUUCUAAAUGCACAAGUGCCAGCCUUGCCCACGCCUUGUCGAAAGCCUUCAACGCACCAGCAAGAAGCAGCAGCCACGCCGAUGACGAUGUGCUUGUGAGUGCCGCCCUGAGUCAGCUAGCGGUGUGGAAGUCUGACGAAACGUCGACCACGCCCUGUCGAGCCAGCGACAUUGCCGCAGAAGUGGUCGUGCGUGAAAUGGACAAAAUUACAGCCAGCGCGUCGAGUAUAUGAAGAAUCUUACUAGAACAGUAACUUGUCGAUGUUUCUACUGUUGACGAGAUCAUCUAUCGAGUGAGGAUUGCGACGGCAGCCACGACCAGGACUAGCGUCACCACGACUAAAAUCUCGACGAGUACCCAGCACGAAUACGUUGCAUCUCCCUCGUCGUCGUCCUCACUACAACCACUGGAUGACAUAUCCAGGACACGAACGUCAUGCGCACUACGUCGUACCUGUCGUCGUCGUCGUCGUCGGCCGUCGAGGCGUCCUCUUCCACGAAACUCGUCUUGCCGGUCCAUGAUAAGUGGAUUGUGUGCUCGUAUUCGACGCGAAACAACCCCCACAUGCUCCGUCGAAGUACUUCAGCAGACGCUAAAAUCGGAUCCAAGUACACCUAUCCAUCAUCCAAUAUGGAGCACUCAAUCCAAUAAGCCAACGUUCGAUCGAUCCUACUUGGACGUUGCUUGGAAAUGGGCCAUACCCCUUGGCUGGAAUCAACGUCAAGGUCCACCCAAACCGCAAAACACAGUCGACCACCAUCGCUACAUAGUACGUCCAUGUGGGGUACAGUCGACGAGGUCGAAGGAAGCCCUGCUGGCCCCCCAGCCCCCAAUCCAUAUAUACAUCCCACGCAUACUGGUACGUGGUGGUGACGCCACAAGCGGCCAGAUAGCACCACUACGCCCUGUUGGUUUAAUAUAUAUAUAU